UACCUACUCGACGCUCUCGACCGCUGGUACGAUAUCAUACCGCGCGCGGCUUCCAUUUAUCGUAUUAUAUACGUGUGCGCCGCGUCUCACGUCAGUCCGUCUCGCGUCGUAUAGCGUCCUCUGCUCAGCCAUCGCGCGGUCUCAGCGAACCGUGUGCGCGGCGCGUGUGUCCGUGGUCGGUGUGGUCGGUGUGUGCGUGUGUCGGUCGGUGUGUGCGUGUGUCGGUCGGUGUGCGCGCGGGCCCCGCGACCGUGUGCGUGUGUGCGUGAGCGCGCGGCGCGUAUAAUAUUGCGGACACCGCGGGUCAGUGUGCGCCGGUGCGUGUCAAUCACAUUCGCGAAUCGCGCUUUUUUUAUUUAAAUCGUUUUCGUUUUUCGCCGAUCUCUUUCGAUCUUUUUUCUCUUCCGUCGAUAUUUACCUCGCUUCGAAUUUCUUUCCGACGCGUUCGACAUUUUUCCACACAAUUUUAAUAUUAUCAUCCUCUGAUCGACUCAUAUCCGUUCCAUAUACGAAAAAGUAAAACAUAAUAUAUGCGCACAAACGCAUAUUAUACAUGACAUAAUAAUAAUAGUUUUAUCAUAAUAUUAAUACGAUCGUCAUCGACGAUGCGUAUGUCACAACAUGAUAUUGUGAUAUCGUAUUUUAGUUCGUUGACGGACAUGCCUUGUGGAUAAAUCGCAACUAAAGCCCGCCACCCGCUGGACACGAACUAAAGAUUCUAUAGAUGAUCUCGUGGACUAUCGAACACCCGAGACUUUCGCAUAUGGAGAACGGUCGGCCGAAAUCUUCAAUAUCCUGUGGAUUACGGACGUCAUAGUGGUAGACUACGCAUCAUAUAAAUCAUACUAUUAGAGAGGGAAAAACGUCAUGCUUAACUGCACUGAUGCCGAGUGCACGCUGCACCAUCACCAUAUUCACGUGGACCCGAUACAGCAUCAUUUACAGGAUGACCGGCAACACCAUGAACAUUCCUCAGUUAUGUCCAGUGAUGCGAACAGUUUGAACGAUAUAUAUCAGGGGUUCAUUAACAGCAGCGCAAAUCCAGAAUACUCCUCCGAACAUGUCGAUGUUCCGAACGAAGGAGUAUACAUGGUGUGCGGUGUCCUCAUCGCCAUGGUGCUCGUCGCUGUGAUAAUAGUAAUCCUAGCAGUUACUAUAAGCAAGCUUAGGAAACGCGAGGAAACCGCCGUAGCUGCCGCGGCCACCGCAGCGGCCACAGCCGUCGCCACCGCCAACACUGCGAUCAACAACAACAACAACAACAACAACAAUGUGGACUGUCAGCUGCCCCAUGCCCAGCCUGUCGACGUCGCCGUUGUCACAACCGUAUCGGGUGACGUUGGUGAUGCGCCCGUACCUCUACCGUUCCUCUGGCAGUAUUCGGCCAAAAACGCUGCAGCCAAAAACACCAAUGGGUAUAACUCACCGUACAGGCUGUACAGCUCCGAUCAGGACACAUUGGUGUGCAGUGUACCCAUCGAAGAAACCGCAGAGCACCGCAAGGGACUACGGAAAAACUUGCGAGGCAAGUGGCGAAGACUGGUGCACAAAAAGCAACAGCAACAAGACGCAUACAAAAUACCCGCAGAACUACGGGACCAGCUCAAACAGAUAUAUGUGUACUGAUUCUAAAAGUUUGUUUUUCCAAGACAAUCCACAAAACCUAUCAAUUUUGCAAUCUAUUAUUACUAUAUUAUUUUUAUUAUAUAUUUUUUUUUCUAUAAAAGGACAAAACAAUCUUGUAUGUUUUUAUUAAUAACGUACCUAUGUAUAAUAAAUUUUCAUUCCUCUUAGAGAAUUAAGUUUAAUUUUUAUUUUAAUUUCACACACUAAACAAAGGAAUAUGUUGACCCAUUAAGUGUCCCACUUUUUGAUAAAUUAAUGAUUGGAAAAAUAUUUUGGUUUUGUUAAAAAAAUUAGACUGUUAAAUAAAGAACUGGCAGUCUUAAUGUAGGAAGAAAAAUUUGGUGCCAUCAAUUAUAACAUCAUUAUAUUAUUUUUGUUUUAAAUUCGUGAUAUAGGUAUUAAUUAAUAUAAUAAUUUAAUUUAUACACAACUAUUAUAUUAAACAUUAUAAUAAUAUAAUACUUGUGCUAAGUAGGUAAUGUACAUAUUGAAUAGUUAAGGCCAUACCUAAUAUAGCUUUAGUAAUUUUAGAAAAAUACUAUUAAUGAAAUAUUACUUAUAUAGAACUUCACAAUAUAAUUUAGUAGUAUUUUAAAUUGAAAACUGUGAGCUUCUUUUAUGGUGAUAACUGAUAACAUAAAAUAAAAAUAAAUUUAAAAGACUUAAAAUUAUUGUAUCCCUUAUUGCCCUUUUUGCCAGCAUUGUAUAAUAUUUAUUAUCCAAGAAAUAAAAUGUUUUUUGACCAAUUUUUAUAUGAACUGUGUAUAAUCAUUAAAGUAUAAUAUACAACUGGUAAAAUUAUUUUAUAAUUUUGAGAAUUGAACCUGCUCAGAAACAUCAAACUGGAACUUAAAUAUAUUUUUAAAAAAAAAAUCUUUAUUUAGCGGAAAAAAAUUAAUUUAUUCAAAAACUAAAAUUGUGAUUUUUGUCUAUGUAAUUAGUACGUAUGGUAUCAACUGAUCUUUGUGUAUUUUAUUCUAUUUGUACCUAGUUAGUUUUACAUUUUCAUUUUGAAAUAUAUGAAGCUAAAAAUGUCUAGAAUUUGUAUAGUAUUAUAUAUUUUUUUUUUAAUAUUAUAUAUUAUAUAAACCACUGUUCAAUAUUACAUUGUUUCGACAUUAUAACUGAUACCAUUUGAAAAUCAUAUUUUUGCUCAUGAUAAUACAUUUAUUAAGAAUUGUUUUGUUUUAAAAACAAUGUAAAUAACCAAUCAUCAAAUUUGUCUCCAUUUUAUGAUUAGUUUAUUUAUUUACUAUGUUAUGUAUAAUAGAUCAUUUCUUAUUUGAACAAUAAUUUUUGCCUACGAAUUGUUUGGUUUUUAAAAUUGUUUUUUUUUAUCGGCCUGUUAACAUUCUUUUAAUAUGACUAGCGGAUUUAAAUAAUUUGCACCCAAACAGUUCUAAAU